UUAUUGCCUAAAUCUACUGAAAAUGAAAGUGCUUUUUGCUUUUAGUUUUCUUUUGUUUCUUGCCAAGAAUCUAAUCUGCUGUUUCAUAACAGCUGUAAAUGAGUAAAAAUUGGUUAUCAAACUUCACUUAAAUCAUACCCAAUAUAUUUCUUUUGUCAAAAAGCCAAUAUCACAUUCAUCAAAUCAGCCACACAUUUAAGGUCCACAGACUGAUCUCACCUUCUCUUCUUUUCAUCCACAGAUUUUGAGGCCUCCUACUGUUUCCUCCACAGUUAUUCCAAUGUCACUGAUGGUUGUUUCCAUCCCGCUGCUUCCUGUCAUCAUGAUGUUAUCCAGCCGCUAUCGUGUCAAAGUUACCGCACUGUGCCAUCGAGCUCUGGCCUGGGUACUGAGGCUGGUGCGAGGAAGAGUGUGCGUAAGGAGCACCCACGCCUUUGUGUUCUCCCAAUGCACUCAUGGCAAUGCUGACAGCGUCCUGGAGACCUUUGACCUCUAUGGUGCCACGCAGCCUUCUCUCUGCAUCGGUCCAAAAAUUGGUGAGGCGUUGGAUGAGGUGGUGAGGCGUGUUUGCCCCUCUAGGGUGCUGGAGCUGGGGAUGCACUGUGGCUACAGCUCUGUCCGACUGCUGCGUCUGCUGCCCCCUGCUGGCAGACUGGUCACGGUGGAGCUGGACCCACUCACAGCAGAGCUCGGAGAGGAAAUCAUACUGGUCUCGGGCUUUAAACACUCCCAGUUCCAGGUGGUGACUUGUAGUUCAAAUGAGAGCAUCCCAACAUUGCGUCCAUUUAUUAAACCUGAUCAAGGGACCAGUGAGGGUUUCAAUCUGGUGCUGAUGGACCAUAACCCACAGCAGUACCUUACAGAUUUGCUGGCCCUGGAGAAAGAGGAGCUCCUUUGUCCCUCUGGCUGCUCUGUUCUUCUGAUCCACAGGGACCGAAGAGCUGAAAGUCUGGGAGAGAUUGUGGAUUAUAUCAGAGCAAAACCAGACUGUUACUGCAUCAAGACAGAGCUUCAGUUUAUGACUGAGGUCCUCUUCCAGAAGGAAAGCACAGAGGUAAACAUGGACCAGAAAGUCUAAAGAAGUGUGUGAGUUUUCUUUGUUUGUGUAAUUUAUCAGUCAGACAUCUUUAACCAUCCUGUCUUCUCAAGUGGUACUACUGUGUAAAAC